AAGGGUUCUGUAGCUAGUCUCUCUCCCAGCACAGAUGCUGAGCUGGAGCAACCAGUGAGUGGUGAGUUAAAGCAGUCAGCAGCAUACUGCAGGACCAGUAUGAGGGUGGGCAAUGGAUCCUUGCAAGCUCUGGUCUGGGAAGCUACAGCAGUGGCUGGGCACCAAAUAUUUUAAGAUGACAGCCUGGGCUGGUCUUGUUUUUUUCAAACAGUCCAGUGUCAUUUUGCCAAAACCAAACAACUUCUUCGAAAGUCGAUGUAGGGAAAAGAAUCACUACACUACUUCAACCAAACUGAACUCCCUUGGAUCAUUAUGCCUCCAUCUGCUGCUGGCAUUGUACAGAACCUGACCUCCAUGAGCUUUUAAUCAAAAUUAAUUUCCUAUCCAUGUAGGGGUGAGUGCCAGUUAGUCUCCAUGCCAGGUAGCUUGUUGGAGAGAGGUGCUUUCCGCAGGCCAACCAGGCGCUGGGCCCCGCUGCACACGCGGUUUUGGUCUUCCCAUGUACAAAUGCAACAUUCCAUGGAGGGAACCACCAGGCUGGUGCUCUGAGAGGGACCCGCAAAACCCACGCUCAACUAGGGAAGCACAAGACAAGCGCAGAGAGGGACUCGCUUCACUAUGAAACGGAGCUACCCAGCUACAGUAGCCCAAGCCUUGGCGGCUGUGGAGAAAUCCGGCUCAGUGCUCCAGCCCUGUGGAACAAGGGAUACAAAGACCCAAGCAAGCUGAGGCAGACCUACCAGGAUCUGGGGGAGGGGUGCGGAAGGCAGAGAUUGAAAUGAUCUGUCCUGCAGAAAACUCUUCCGAACACAUUCCGACCCCUUCUCGGUAGAGCUCAUUCCUUUCGCGCACACAAAGGGCGCCAAUCCUUCUCUCUUCCCUCCCACAGAGUAGACACUAUAGCUUUUGCGGUACGAGUGCAGUGUCCUGGCCCGGGUCCCCACAGUAGCCACCGCCACUGCUGCAGAUACCGAUCUUCUCGCUACCAUAAAAAGCGGGAUGUUAAGAAUCACCGAAGGAUUCUUGCUCUGGGACUCCCGUGAACCAGAGGACAUUGUAAAUUAGGAGAGUGCUGAGCAGGGGCCUCCGAUGCCAUGACUCCUGGAAGGAGUAUCUUUUUUUUUUCUCUACCGGGCUGAUGACCCCUCCCAUAACUUAAGGUUUUCCACCAGUGCGGGAGGUACGUUCUGGCAUAGCACUGGACAUUGGGCUCAAAUUUACAGGCCAGAGCUUAGAGAGAGGGGCGCCACAACAGGAGGCUUGCAUUCCCUACCCUUGCCCUCUACUCUACCCAGAGUUGUGACGCCCCUCCAUUUUACACCGAAAUUCAAAAGCGGGCAUGGCGGAAUCUUCUGGAAGGGGGCUAAGAUGAGACUCAGGAGGCGGGGGUCAGUGUGAAAAGAGCAGAUGGAUUAUUUUUUUCUCGCUUGGCGAAUGAAGAGCGCCCCCCGCCACCCCUCCUCUUGGACAGCCCCCCCAAGCGCGCAUGCGCAGUUAGGUGGCGGGAGGGUACUUAAGGCGCGGCCGCGGCCGCUGCGGCAGUACGCCCAACAGCGGACUCCGAGAGACCAGCAGAUCUCGGCGAACCCUUGCUCUCUCGACUACCCUCUCGGGACUCUCGGAACCAUGGCGGCAGUGGCAGCGGCCUCGGCUGAACUGCUCAUCAUCGGCUGGUACAUCUUCCGCGUGCUGCUGCAGGUGUUCCUGGAAUGCUGCAUUUACUGGGUAGGAUUCGCUUUUCGAAAUCCUCCAGGGACACAGCCCAUUGCGAGAAGUGAGGUGUUCAGGUACUCCCUGCAGAAGCUGGCGUACACGGUGUCCCGGACCGGGCGGCAGGUGCUGGGGGAGCGCCGGCAGCGAGCCCCCAACUGAGGCCGCAGCUCCCAGCCCUGGGCGGCCGUAUCAUCAGGUGCUCCUGUGCAGCUCAACCAGCAUGGGAGCCAGCGCCGCGCAGGAAUGGGGGGUCCCCUGUGCUCCCUCGCCAGAGGAGCACUUGCCAAGGUCAGUGAGGGGCUGGUAGGCCCCCGGAGAAGCAGCACCGACAAUUUCGACAAUACUAGAUCCCUUUCCAACCCAUUUGCACCUGCUCCUCUGCAGGUGGGGUGGGGAUUGAGAGGGGUGGGGGGAGCAGACCCCCGAGAUCUGGGCGUAGGCAUCACAUUCUGAUCUGGACCAAGUCGGGACAGCACUAUCCAAGCCCMGGAGCUGCAGCCAUGCCAACAGGCCCCACCAAGGAGAUCCAAACACCACACCAGCCAGCAGAAUGGACAUUCCAACAGCAUCAGCUGAAGCCCUGAAUCUCAAUGCAGCAGAAGAGGCGCCAACUGUGUUGCCAGUGGCGGGACUAGAGGGCAUGGGCAGUGAAGGAGGGGGGUUAAGAAACAGCGUGGGGCCCUCUCACCGUCCCUUGCCUACAGUGUGCCCAUGCGAGCAUUCCAGCCCUGCUGCCUCUGCUCCCUCCAUUCCUCUUUUCUCCUCACUGACUCCCAAGCCCAUCCUAUCCCCACAAAAUGUGUCACUUAAUUUGGACUUAUACAACCAAUAAAAGAAUCCCAUCUUUGUACUAAACUUCUUCUCCGAGCCCCCUGCCCCUCACUGAUCUUGCUUUCCCAGGUCUCACGCAGUUGUGGUCAAUAUUGUGGUAAUCGCUAAUUGUACUGAUUGUUUAAGUGUGCAUUAGUUGUGUCUCCCCAGCUAGAUUGUAAGCUCCUGGAGGACAGGGACCGCCUCUACAAAAAAUAAAAAAACAGUACCUCCCCCGACUCGCACAGUGUCCUAGGACCCUGCGGGUCGAUGGAGGCGCACCAAAA